UAAUCUUGGGGUGAUAGCAGACUGAUCGACGUUUUGUGUUAUUAUUUUUUUAUUACGACUACAAUUAAAAUGUUUUGGAUUUUCGUCCUGGCGCUAUGCGGCGCAACCACAGCGAACGUAGAACGUAUCUCCGGAGGAAAUUUAGCAGCUCUAAAUCAAUUCCCCUCUGCAGUGUCAAUUCAACAUAUAUCACGAGCAGAUCCAAGUAGAUUCAUCCAAGGACAUAUAUGUGGUGGUACUUUAGUGACGCGUUCAUAUGUGUUGACAACUGGAACUUGUGUACACGAGACCCAUGAACCGAACUCUCCAUUGAUUAUUCUGAACCAGUAUAGAGUGUUUGCCGGAAGCGUCAAUCUUUUGGAAAAUAAUAUGAAUCGGAUACGAACCCCAGUGAAUAUCACUCUGCACCCGAACUACAUAGGGCCCCCGGCAUUGGUCAAUAAUCUUGCUCUAAUUGGCCUUAACUCUGCGUUUGGAAACGAAAUAACUCCGGUGGCUUUGCCAAGUGCAGGCUCUCAGGUUCCUGUUAUGACACAAUGCUACGUCGCUGGGUGGGGAGCCGAAGACAUGAGAUAUACUGAAAGUUCUCUUCAACGUUUCGUUUCGAAGUAUGUCUAUGAUCAGCAUAUUUGCAGCAUCCAGUACAAUAUAAAUUCUCAGAUGAAUUUACUGCCCAGUAUGUUGUGUGCAGCGUCUUGGGACGUUGUAUCAUCCGGAUGUGAGGGUGACAUAGGCAAUGGUUUGAUGUGUAAUGGAACAUUGCAAGGUGUCCUGUCAGUAUCAACGCAAUGCCGAGGUAAUAGUGUACCUGAGGUAUACGUUCGAGUCGCCGACUACACCACAUGGAUUAGAAGCGUCUCAGGAGUAGCUUCCACCUUCCAGCCAGGAAUGGCUGCGCUAAUGAUAAUCGCUAUUCUUCAAUUUAUAACCGUAAAGAUUAUAAGUUAAAGACCAAGUUACUUUGCAUAUGAUUUCUUAGUUCAAUUUAUUCAUAUUGUGAAAAAGAAAAAGAAACAUUUUUAUAGUUAUUAUUUGAGUAAAUAUUCUCCUGGUUAUUGUUUGAUUACAAUUCAAAACAAUAAAUCAUGAAAGUAAAAAAAAAAUAAAAUAACAUUUUGUUACCUGAUAAGCUUUGUCAGGAACACGUAUAUAUAAUAACACAAAAACAUCAGUAUUUUAAA